UAGCGUUCCUGCCCCGAGUGCUGCUGGGAAAACAUGGCAGCGUCAAUAACAGGCUCGUACACCUAGCUUUGUUAAGUUUAUAUUGACAGAACAACACAAUUGAAUGUUUAAAUAAGAGUGAAUGCAAAGUGAACACAAUGCCCCAGUACUACGAAGAUAAAGAGGAGGAUGUUCGAGCUUGUGCCGGAAUCAGAGAAGAUUUUAAGGCCUGUCUCCUUCAGCAUGACUGCGUUGUAAAGGAAGGUAAAAAGCCCAGUGACUGUCUGAAGGAGGGACACUGCAAAGGCCUGCAGGUUUCUUUCUUUGAAUGUAAACGGUCAAUGCUGGACACAAGAUCUCGGUUUAGAGGCAGAAAAGGCUACUAAUGGACCCUGAUAUUUUUUUUUUGACACUGAUUAAAUCAUUGGGCUAUAUUUCCAUUUCCAGCACUACCCAGUUACCACUUUGGUUGUUUCCUUUUUCAUUUGUAAGUCUUUUUGUAUAAAAUCGUCAGCCAAACAAGAUAAAUGUACGUGUGUUGAUAUUCCUUGUAGUUACUCAAAGUAGCAUUUACAUGUUCUUACACAGAUGUUGUGAAACACAAUGGCUUGUUUGAAAUAAACAUUUUAUUUGUAUG